GUCGGAAAAGCGAACAAAGCAACGAAGCAGCCCUCCGAUAAACGCGUGUCCUCUGUGUCUGUCCUCUAGCUGCAACACAAAAAAGAAGCGAUAUGGUGCAGAUCUAGCCCUGCGGUCGUUUCCAAUUAAGUUUGUUAACCCGGUCAGGGAAAAGCCGUUCGGUGGAACGGACUGGCGAAGCGGAAUGGACAAAACCAGCAGAUGUGUGGGUGUGUUUGUGGCCAUUGCAAAAGGUUAGCCUUGAAGGGCAUCCCCUGAAGUUGAAAGUAUCGAGAUUGAUGGCUUUUCCGGGAAAGCUGUUCCAUUCUGGCGUGGAUUUGAAAAAUGGAGUGAUAUUGGAAAUAUGUUUAUUCCGUUGCAAUGGUAAGAAAAAGAUUAGAUAUUGUGCCAAAACUGUUGUCGCUAACUAACCAUCUUGUAUGCUUGUUACGGAAAGGCCAACGUCUGCUGUACAGAUCCAACAAAAGCUGCUGGUUUUGAUGAAAUUGCUAAUUGUAAAAUCCAAUGUAAAAAUAAGGUCAAACUCUUGUUAGUCAACACAGUAAGGCAGUGUUUGUGAUGAAAAGCGUCAUGGAAAAAAGCUGAGAUAAAUUUGACUAUGAAAAUUUUGUGACUGUGCAGUGCAAAAAAAGAAAAAGGUUGACGACGCAUGGUUUGGGAAAAUUAAAAGAUGCAGCAUAGCAAGAGCGCCGAAAAUGUUGGAUUUUUGAUCCCUCCGCUCUCUCUCUCGGAUGUCGCUCUUUCAUUCGACAAUAAUGGAGAUUUUACCAAAAGAGAGAGAGAGAGAGAAUCUAUCCCCGACUCUAGAUAAGGACCAGACAAGUGGAUUGUCGAAGAAGACUCUAGUUUACAGUGGUAUUCCGUUUCUGUGCUUUGUAUCAUUGUAAACUCACAGUGAUGUUGAACUACGGUUGAAGUAUUGGAGGGUCCUAGUACUCAUUACGCCAAAAACUGUUGCAAGAACUGAACCCUAACGUCGUGAUGCAGGGAUGCAAAUGUGGUUCGAAACUUUUCGCAGAAAAAUGUUCGUAUGUACAUAAAAAGUGAAGUGAACAGUGCCAAGUGAGUGAAGUGAAGUGGGCUUGUGUGCGGAGUGUAAAGUGAGGAAGUUUCACGGCUGAAAGCACGCCUGUAUGUUAAGGCUAGAAGAAGGAUAAGGGAAAGUUUGACGAGAAGUCAUUUGGGUAGAUGCUGUGCGAACAACACUGCUGCUGCAUAAGUUUAGCGCGGUGGAUUGAGUUUUUCCAAGUUGUCACACAAAACCGAAAGUGCUGAACAGUGUGAGAGGUUUUCUAUCUUCGAUUCGGAUCGUACUAGAACUGUCUUGCUGCCGGAAAACUGACCCGCGGGGCGUCAUGUGCCAUCGGACGACGUACGGCUAGAUGGAAAAGGACGUACCGUAUCUGGAGCGAAAAAUAAUCGUAAGAAACCCGACUUAAGGUGAAAGGUUAAAUUGAUGCUUGUCUGAAGACUGUCUGGUGGCUGCAGUGCAUGAGUUGAAGAAUCGCUGUCCAAUAAAUGAGAGAAAUUGUUUCGCUCGUUACGUAAUGUAUUUAAACUAGAGCAAAGAAUUAAUGAAGCUGGGAAAUAUAUGUACAGUUUGUUCCAGUAAAAGUAUGGCAGAGAAAAAUGGUUCAGGAAGAAAUGGGCCAAAAGUGGAUAUGUGACGUGAUUUAAUGGAUUAGGCAAAUUUGGUUAACUGAUAUUCAGAAGAAAAUUACCAAGUGCACAUAGAAUAUACGCGAAGAAAAGUGCGGGAAAACAACGGAAUAGUUAGUAGCAGUGUGUGCUGAUGAAUAGCGCUACUGCUGGUGUGUAUGCGUCUUUUGUUCUAAGCGGUGUGAUUUCUAGGAAAAAAUGUGUCAUCUCAUCUCGUGUAGUUUUGGAGGAGCAAUUGUAAUACGGAGAAGAAACCUUCGCGAGAGUUAGCGUCGUCACCAUGUCAACAGCCAAACGGCUGGUGCUAUCGCUAAGAGGUCGUAAGGAAUCUCAGAGCACUGCGGGCACAUCCUCCACCCGGCUGGUGUCGGCCAACAGUACCUCACCCGGUCAAGAAUUGGACGAGAUCGCGGUGGUCUCCGGGGGUGCUGAAACGAGCCACGUUUCCUACGGCAGUCUCUCGCUGGGCCACACCAAUGGACCCCGUUACAUACCAGAUGAUGAUGGCAAGGCAUGUUUUGAUGAUUCGAAACUGUCGCGACAUCAUUCGCAUUCUCUUAAUGGUACGGAUGCAGCCAUAAUGCAUCUGGCUCCUCCGCCCCUUGCAGCUGUUGGGUCUGACUUCAAUACCAUUCAAACGUCCUCGGAACACAAUCGAAACUCUGUGAGCCGUCAAAGUCUCAUGGAUAUCGUAAGUGCUAAACUCGGCAUGUCCGGCCCCCAGCUGGGCCAGAGCAUUUCGCAGCAAGGGUUCUUCUCGUCACGCGAUAGCCUAUCGGCAUCGGGCACAACCCGACCACUGCAUUCCCAUGUUUCCGCUACAACCUCGGAGAUGGACCUGUCCCGGAAGGAUCGCAAGCGAGAACGAAGCAAGCUGAAAGCCGGAGACCAGCCUCUGCUCGGGUCGUGGAGUAGGACCGGGCCUCGAGAGUCGAAUGCUCACACGACGACGACGGCCGCGACUCGAGCUUCCAGUAACCAUCUAGUGCCACCGUGUGGAACCGGCAGCACCUGCAACGGAGCCGACAGAUACACCUUCGGUCGACGGUCCGGUUGCUCGACAUCCUCGCGCAAAUCCAACGGCCGCCGCUGGUCGUUCGUGUUCGAUCCGGCCGGCCGGUUGUGCUACUACUGGUCGAUGGUGGUGUCGAUGGCGUUCCUGUACAACUUCUGGGUGAUCAUCUACCGGUUCGCGUUCCAGGAGAUCAACGGCGAAUCGAUCGUGCUGUGGUUCUGUCUGGACUACUUUUCCGAUUUUUUAUACCUCGUAGAUAUUCUGUUCCACUUCCGCACGGGUUACCUCGAGGACGGUGUGCUGCAGACCGACUCGACCAAGCUCCGGCAGCACUAUAUGAACUCGACGACGUUCUACAUAGACUGCCUUUGUUUGUUGCCGUUAGAUUUUUUAUACUUAUCGAUAGGGUUCAACUCGAUACUAAGAUCGUUUAGGCUAGUCAAGAUUUACCGGUUCUGGGCCUUUAUGGAUCGCACCGAGCGGCACACAAACUAUCCGAAUUUGUUCCGUUCGACCUCAUUAAUACACUAUCUAUUAGUUAUAUUCCACUGGAACGGUUGUUUAUAUCACAUAAUCUAUAAGAAUAACGGUUUCGGCUCCAAGAACUGGGUGUUCCACGACUCGGAAUCGGCGGACGUGGUGAAGCAGUAUCUGCAAAGCUACUACUGGUGCACACUGGCACUGACAACGAUCGGAGAUCUGCCGCGGCCACGCUCCAAGGCGGAAUACGUGUUUGUGAUAGUGCAGCUGCUGUUCGGUCUGAUGCUGUUUGCGACGGUCCUCGGUCACGUGGCCAACAUCGUUACCUCGGUCAGUGCGGCCCGUAAGGAGUUUCAAGCCAAACUCGACGGUGUCAAAACCUACAUGCGCAUGAGACGGGUUCCCAAUCAUCUCCAGGUGAAAGUGAUCAAAUGGUUCGACUAUCUCUGGCUGACGCAAAAGUGCUCAGAUGAGGAGAGAGCUGUAUCAUGUCUUCCUGAUAAAUUAAAGGCUGAAAUAGCUAUAAAUGUUCAUUUAGAUACACUUAAGCGAGUAGAAAUUUUUCAAAAUACCGAAGCGGGCUUUCUGUGCGAAUUGGUGUUAAAGCUGAGACCGGUGCUGUUCUCUCCGGGUGACUUCAUCUGUCGGAAAGGUGAAGUCGGCAAAGAAAUGUACAUAGUCAAUAGAGGUAGACUGCAGGUUGUCGCGGACAAUGGAAAAACUGUUAUGGCUUCACUGAAAGCCGGCUCUUACUUUGGCGAGAUCAGUAUCCUCAACAUGGGUACGGCAGGUAACCGCAGGACGGCCAGCGUGCGAUCGGUCGGCUACAGCGAUCUGUUUGUGCUCAGCAAGAAGGACAUGUGGGACGUGCUGAAGGAAUACCCGGCGGCCCGGGUGCGACUGGAGGCAAUCGCCGUCAAACGGCUCGAAAAGUACAAGAAGGCCCCGCUCGAGAAAGUUGCUAUGGGACGCUGCCAGUCGACGCCUGGACUAGUGGAAACGCGGGGCCGCACCACCAUCGAGGAUAUGUGGAUAUCACCGAUAACGGCGGUUACGUCUGCCGGCUCGAUGGUACCGACAUAUCUGCCGCCGCCGGGCAGUCGCAUGACCAGUCCGCGAUCCCAUCGUGGAGAACUGAGCAGCAGCAGGCAGCCACAAUCGCCCGGCUCGGUUAGUCCCAGUGUACAUAGUUCCGAAGAACAGCCUAGAAGUCGAACGACUUCCCACCAAAUCUCCCGACCUCAGUCCCAGCCUAGUCGAACCGGUAGAAGAAGCAUCUGCGACGCCAGUGGGAUAUCAACGAACAGCCGAGACUUUCUGGGUCCACCGUGUGACUCGUUAACGCAUAUCGAAUCUUCCGGAGCGACCCCACUGCUAGGGUCACACGAAGCUCUGGAGGGGGAAAUUAAGCGUCUACGAGAGCGGUUACACACCGUAGAGUCGGAGAACUUUUCGCUCAAUGCCAAGCUAGCUCAGCAGCAGUGGGAGGUCGAACACCGGUUAGCGGAAAUUGAAAUGCAGAUCUGUGGUGCCUCAUCUGCGUCUAGCAUCAGUCAAGAAAACGAAACCGAAGAUCUGGAGCGAAAUCGGGAAAGUAUCAUAUAACACGGAAGCGAGCUGCCUCAAAAAGUUGCCCUGGUGUAUGUGCGCUGUAUGACAUAGAGUAAUGUGAGACGCAAGGCAUGUGCAUGUUUUUGUUGCUGCGUCAUCGGAGUUUAGACAUGAAACCGUAGCAACGGCGGUGUUCGACUAGAAUUUUUUUCUUCGGUUGGCCAAUCUUAGAGACCAUCACAAGACACACGCGGGAUAUCUCGGAAAUACCAAAACCACGUGUCGCCGGUGGUAAUUUACAUCAACAUUACGGGUCAUCUUUGACAAAAGGCAGCUAUUCUAGAACUACGAAGAAACCUUCCUCCAGUGGGAAGGUGAACCGUCGCACAGUGAGUAGGUUUUCAAACUGCAAGUAAAUUAAUCCAGUAUAUUCGAAGUUGGAGAACGGUUCACACUAAUAUCACCAAUGGUUCGAAAAAAAAUCGAAAAAGUCACUAAUUCGGGUACUGAACUUUGGAGAACAAGAAAAUAAGUGAGAUUAAAUUUAAUGCAACUAAUCGUGCUCUGUAUGAUAGUCGAAUCAUUUCAUAAAUGUUUCAGUAGCCAAAAGAUUGCAACCGAGAUUAAAGCCAUUGUAAAAAUAUUAACCAGCCAAAUAUUAACAGAAGAAGCCGUAAUACGAUGAUCACUUGCUAUGUUGGAUUACUCUCGAACGAUGUAGUUUUUUUACCACAUAAAGUAAUUAUUAAAAAAAAAAAAAAACGAAUAAUUAGAAAAUCAUACACACUGACACAUGACACUAGUAAGCAAAAAUAAUUGUUGAGAAGUGGUUAGCUGUUGCCGGCAGCCAGCUAGGAACGAAUUUUAUUUCCUGUUACCAGUCGAGAAUAUAUUUUAAAACUUUGUUAUAAACUCGGUACUGCCGCCACACGUACGUGCUUACAGAUAGGCGUUCACUCAACGAUUGAUCGGAUAAACCACCCUCGCGGAGGGCUAUAUUGUGAAUAUUUCACUGUAAAAAAGAAAAUUGAAAUAUUAGAUUAGGAUAAAUAGGGGAUAAAAUUUUAAAACACUCACCUUUAAAAUCGCGCGCAUUUCCAGUUUUUGCAUUACCACAUUAUGACAUGUCACGACAAACAAUUAUUAAAUAUCCUUCAUCGUUAACUACACACAAUACACUCGUGAGUGAAUUUUCUUUUAUCCAAAGUCAAAACUGCUAAAACUUUUUAAAUUUUUGAUACUUAGAGUUACUGACACUAUUAUGAGGAAAAGAAGAUAAAGAAAAAAAAGUUUCAUUCGUUCCAAUCUAUAGCAUCAUCACCAUUCGGUGCAAUAUCGUCCGAUCGGAAAACCAAAAUAAUCAAGCUCGACGUACGUCCGUUGGUCCUUCUAAUCCAUCUAAAGCGUAAAAAAAAACAAAACCAAAUCGGUUCCCGAUAGAAAUAGUUUUAUUACAAUUCGCCAUUCAUCCCCGGGUGUGUCGGCGUCGGCGGCGAAUGGAACCUCCAAUGGCUGGUUACCGCGCGCCGUUCGCUUGACGAAUGUAAAGUUUUGCACGAUUGCAACCUGUUCGCCAGAAGUUCACUGUUUUGAAAAUGUUUCAGUUAUUGCAUAAAGUUACGUCAUUAAAAAGUUUUUUUUUUUAUUUUCACUGAGGUGUUGAAGUAAUCUAGCUUAAGCUUGUGGCUUCGUCGUGCUCUAUAUUAUGAUCGAAUUUGUUCAUUGUUUUCUGUUUUUUUUACCGACAACUAGAAAAAAGAACAAAUAUUUCACAGUUACAGCCGAAAACAAUUGGUUUCAUCAUUCGACUCUGAACUUAAAUUAAACUAAAUUAAAUUGGGUAACAAAGUUUAAAUAAAACAUUGCUCACGUAUUGGCAUUGGCAGAAAAUACUGAGCUAGCCAAUUCAAAUACGUGUGUAAAGUUUCAUUCAAAUCGAAAAUGACUGAAUUUCGUCUUGGAGAUGAUUUAAUAUGUUGAUCAGUUUCUCAAUAGUGAUAUAACCUUCAAUUUGUCGAUCAUGUACUGUGAUGAUGUGUGUUGAAAAUUUCAAUUUACAAUAAUAAAUCUUCGAAGCUGAAAACAGUAUAUUUACGAAUUGUUUUGUUAUAGAUAUAUUUCGGACUUCAAUUAAAAACAAUGGAACAGAAGAUCUCAUUAUACUGGUUUGUCCUAGAUCUCCUAGUUAACCACUCUUGUGUAUUUUGGUGCCCCUAGCAGACUCGGAAGUGCGUCAAAAGGCCGCAGAGUAUUUGUUUGCCGGGAUCGUCGCUUCUACCUUUGCUUCCGGGAAAACUUUGUUUAGAUCUAUGAAGACUUUACACACUUUCGUGCUGGCCAAAGGUACAACAAAUCACAAAAACUGGUAAAACGCUAUAAUCUCUACUGGUUUGAACUCUAGAAUAAACCUGUGUUGACAAAUGCUCUACGAAAGUGAAAAAAAUGGUCCUAGAGCUCCAACUGGAAAGAAUGAAAGAUUGUUGCUUUUUAACUAUUCCUGUGAAUUAUGGUCCUCCUAGCAAAGUCAAAAAUGUGCAGAAUCUACAGAGACUUUAAUGAAAUUUUACCGUAAAUAAACGUAGAAGCGACGAACCCGGUAAGCAAUUAUUGAUAAAUUUUUGACUUUGAAAGGUUGUAGGCGCGUAUUUUUUUGAUUUGGUAGGUUGUAGGCGCCAGGCCUCCCCAGCUGGUCUCGAGGUACGAUGCUGGCCUUACAAGCCAGUCGUCGUAGGUUCGAGUCUUGGCUCGGAAGAGACUGACAGUGUCAGUAGGAUCGAAGCCCCGCAAUUGUCCUGUACACUUAAUGGUUGGCUGCGAAGUCUGUUGUGUAUAGUAAACAGAAGGUCAAGUUCCGAAUCGGAAUGUUGCACCAAGGCUUCGCUUUAGGUUGUAGGCGCCCUGUUCAAUUGAGCGUGGUUUGGGCUGAUCGGUCCACUCCUCACCCUGUGAGACUCUAAACCCUUUUUUGAAAAAAGUUAAAUUUUUAGUCAAAAAGUCUUGUUUUCUUUCAAUUAUAGCUUCAAAAGCAUAAUGUCUAGAAAUAAAUUGCUGCAUGGAUUGUGGAGAAAAUUAUUUAAGAAUUCCAAAAACUAUAACAACUUUGAGCGACAGUGUUGCCAGAUAUUGUUUCUGCAUUAGAAAAAUGAAAUUUAAUUUUCCGGUUAAUAAGUAUAUUUUGAUUUCAAAUUAAACAAUUCCAUCGUGUUCCUGAGAUAAUUUCACAUAAAACAAACAAUUCUCACCUCGAGGUAUUAUAAGCAAAACUUUUCUUAUACAUUUAAAAUUUCUUAAUAUUAUUCUGCUGAUAUCUCUGAAACUGGCUUGAUUAUGGACAUUCUGAAUAAAGCAAGAUUUUUUUUUUUCAAAAAAUCCAAAAAUAUAACACUUUUGACCGAAACUGUUGCCAGAAAUGUUAUUCUCACAGUUGAAAAAUCGAAUUGCAUUUUUGUAAGAUAAACUCGAAAACAAUCUCAAGAAACUUUAAAAUAUUUCAUUUGAAUUCUUAUUUCUGAAGUUAACAUAAAAACAAGAAAAGCAAAUUUAUUUUUUUGCGCUACGAGACUGGUUUCUCAAUAUUUAGUUUUUUUUUUCUUUUGUGUACGCUGCUUCGAUAACACUUUGUAGAUAAGCUUCUCUGAUGAACUGUUUUCAUAAUUGUACAGCCGAUAUCGGGCGCGAAUUUUCGACACAGCAACAUGAAAAAGAUACAACAGCAGUUUCACUCUCACUCUUUUCAAACUGAUAUUGAGUGUCACCCGAGUCAAUUCUCAGUGAAACUCAUAUCAGUGAGUUAAAUGCUAGGAGCUAAUUAUUAUAGAAAAUUAUGUGAUCUGAGCCAAUCUAUUGCAAAAAACCGAUGAAGUAGAUAAGCAUCUAUUUUCUCAGCGUAGCACAGCGUGUGCAAAAUCACAGUAACGCUGCCUGUCAACAUUAUCACUGUCAACUGAGUGGAGAUGAAAGCAAUUUUCAUUUCAGCUCGUUUGUGGUGAAACUGAUAUUCGUAGUUUUCAGUUUCAACUGAGAAUCGAUCACUGACAGUGAAUUGCAGCAUGCAUAGAUCGGAUGCCUGGGAUCGUUGCUGCUUCGUUGAACCGACUUUAUACCAGUAAUGGCAUUACUCCAUUUAAACCCCAAAGGCCAUAACUGGAUGAUGCCUGACGGUUGAUGAUGGUUGAUAACUGGUACAUUUUUAGAUAUUGCCCUAAUAUUGUUUGCUUUGUAUUCAUUAAGGAUGAAAACGAUAAGAGCAGCCUCAACAUCGUGCUGCCAUAGCCCGCUUAGCAGCGGUCUAUCAUCACUUUAUACCUCUGUAUGAUAAGUGUCAUAAGCGCCGACAAAUAAAUGCGCUUCUUUUUAUUUAUAUGUGAAUUUGAAAAAUAAGAAUUCAAAUUAAAAAUUUAAAUCUUCUUAAGAAUACUGUAGCUCGAGCUUUUCUCAUAAUACCUCUACGUAAUACACACUUACAUUUAAUCACCGAAUUAGUUUUUUAAUUCACCGACUUUUCAACAGCUGAGCGCUCGGUAAAACGUUCGGUAAUAUAAACCACUACCGACCUAUCAGUAAUUAAAUUGUUGUUACUUUCUGUUAUUAUUACCGACUUAAUUUGUGAAAACAGCGAAUGCGGUUAGUUGCCAAAACCACCGAUCAAAUCUGUAAGUUGUGUAAAACAGUACUGAAAGAUCUGUGAUGUUUGUUAUUUGUUCACUUUUAAUUAUUUAAGAAAACCAGAAGUAUGAUGUAACGUAAAUUUAUAUUAAUAUUUUUAUAAAAAAGAUUAUUAAAAAUUUUAACUAUUGAAAAUUAAAAAAAAAAAUAAAAAUCGACGUUCGCCGCACCGAAUUUGUACGAGUGAAAAUCAAUUAAACGUUUUUUACUGCUGUUGACUGUGCAUGAACUUCAUGCCAGUUGUGCUCAUAGUUUCAAAGCUGAGGAUCUUCCGGAUGUGUCCAUUAACAUGGCGGUGUAAACUAUUUACGUAGCAUGCAACAGAUGCUCGGAAGUAGAAGCAAAUAAUGUGAUGGUUUGAUGCUUAAAAUAUUUACAAAUUUUAUCAUCAUUACUUACGAAAAAUUUGUUCUAUGCGAUCAUCUUCUUGCUGAAGUUGUUGUAAAGCGUCCACCAUUUUUUUGGCAGGAACUUCAAUGUUCAAACGGAACCGAGAAUGUGACAAAACCAGAAGGAGAACAACGAAUAGAGAAAAUUUGACAGCUCUAUAGUUGGUCCGGUAGUUUUUUUUUACCAAUAUUCGGUAAAAGUUUAAUUAACCGAACAGUUCAGCAGAAAAUAUAGCAGUAUUCAGUAAAAUUAUUUACUGAAUACAGAAAAUAUGUAAAGUUAUAUCAAUUUUACAAACUACUCUGUAAUUUCUCAAACUUACCGAUCGAAAUUGUAAUAAUAAUGGUAAAGGUUAUUUUUUCGGGUAAAAUUUUCACAGCAACACGAUGCAAUUGUCGAAUUAAAAAUGAAAAUAUACUCGUUGGCCGGAAAUUGCAAUUAAAUUUUUCAACAUAUCAACAUUUUUAACAUAUCUGGCAACACUGCCGGUCAAAAGUGUUUUUUUUUUGGAUUUCUUGAAUAGUUUUCUUCAAAUUGCAUUAUUCAGAAUGUCCAUAAUCAAACCAGUUUCGGAGCUAUUAGCAGAAUAAUAACUCGAGUUUUGCUCAUAAUACCUCGAGGUGAUAAGUGUUUUUCAUAUAAAAUUUUCUCGGGAACACGAUGGAAUUGUUAAAUUUAAAAUCAAAAUAUACUAAUUAACCGGAAAAGGCUGAUUCAUUUAAAAAACAUACAUAUUGAAAAAUUGUCAAAAAUUAGGGUGACCCUCCCUCCCAGCUGGUCUCGAGGUACGAUGCUGACCUAACAAGCCAGUCGUCGUAGGUUCGAGUCUCGGCUCGGGAGAGACUGUUAGUGUCAGUAGGAUUGUAGCGCUAGCUCAGCACUUGUCCUGUACACUAAACAGUUGGCUGCGAAGUCUGUGUAUAAUAAACAGAAGGUCGAGUUUCGAUACGGAAUGUAGCACCAAGGCUAGGGUGACCAAAAUUUUGGAUGCAAUCAAGCAUCUAACUUUUUAUCUUUGUAGAUAGAAGAAAAACUUUUUCUACAAUGUUAUGGCUCCAUUAAUUUAAAGUAACUUUGUAAAAAAAGUUUUCUCUAUCUUUGAAAACAACCGAUUUAAAUUGAAAAAACAACACUUUGCCCUCCAACUUUUUUAUUUCAAGUUUCACCUUAAAAUUGUCUUUGAACGACUUCUAGAGCUUUUUAAGAGAAAUAAUUUGCUAUGCUGAUUUCGUAAGUAGCUAAAUUCUACUCAAAGUUUUUAUUGUUUUCAUAAAAAAAUGCGUUUUUCAUUCGUUUGUCAUUCUUUUUGGGGCAAACAUUAAAAAUAACUCUUGGUCUCAUUUAGAAGAACAUAACUGACUCUAUAAAUCGAGGAAUUUUUAAAAAUAUGUUAUUUUUUAAAUUUGAGUAACUUCAAUUAAAAAAAAAGACAUUAUGUAUGUAAAAGCACCCAGAUUUAUUUGUUUGGUAUUUUUUUCUUAUAACUAGUAGUAAUUACCUUUUAUUUGAUUUAAAAAAGAUCAAAAAUCGAUUAACUGGCUCAAAAGUUAUGAAUCUCUUGAAAUAAAAUAUAUCGAAUAUAUCCGUUUCGUGAAAGGAAAAAGUCUUCGUGUCAUAUGCAGUCGAUUGCAGAAAAGUUUAGAUAUUUUUUCUUCCUACUUGCAAAAGUGGAAAAUCUCUCCCAAUGCUUCUAAAACUCAAAUGAUAAUUUUUCCGCAUAAGCCUAGGGCUUCUUUCCUCAAGCCAAACAAUAAUCACGUUGUCAAGAUGAAUGGGGUUAUUUUAAGUUGGUCUGACAAGGUUAAGUACUUGGGACUAAUUUACGAUAAAAAACUUAUUUUCAAAGAGCACAUUGAGAGUAUACAAGCCAAGUGCAUCAAAUAUACGAGAUGUUUAUAUCCUCUCAUUAAUAGGAAUUCUAAACUUUGUUUAAAGAACAAACUUUUGAUUUACAAACAAUUUUUUAGACCAGCAAUGUUUUAUGCUGUACCGAUCUGGUCAAGUUGCUGUUCAACAAGGAAGAAAACGCUCCAAAGGAUUCAGGAUAAAAUUCUGAAAAUGAUUUUGAAGCGUCCUCCUUGGUUUGGUACACUCGAAUUACAUAGACUUACUGGUGUUGAACCAUUAGAAGCUAUGUCAAAUAAAAUUAUUAACAAUUUUCGACAAAAAUCGUUGCAAUCCUCAAUUGCAACGAUAAGCUCUCUUUAUAGCCAAUAAGUUAGCAAUUAAGUUAGUUGUAAGUUUACU